AUGGCAGCGCCAAUCAUUCGAAGGGCCUGCAUGUAUGUACCUGCAUCGUCUAAGAAGAUGCUGGAAAAGUCUUUCGCUAUGCAUGCCGACAAUGUAACAUACGACCUCGAAGACAGCGUUGCGCCUCACAUGAAGCCCGCCGCUCGCUCCAACCUUCGCGACAUCCUUAGCAAACAGCGACCUGCUGGUAUAAAAGAAAUGUGUGUGAGGAUAAACAGCGUCGACACUGGUCUCGCCCUGGACGACCUGACAGAGGUGCUCAAGGGCGAGUAUCUGGAUGCCAUUAUGCUUCCCAAGUGUGAAAGCGCUGCAGACCUGCACUUCGUGACGGAUGUGAUAAGGCAUCUAAGUCCAGCACGGCAUCCAAGCACAGGACAAAAGGGACAAAGGGAUUCAGUGCGCAUAAUAGCAUUGAUAGAGAGCGCAAAGGCUGUGCAGAACCUGAGCUCGAUAUGCGCAGCGUCACCCUACCUCUCGGGUCUUGUCUUUGCAGCAGAGGACUUUGCAAAGGACAUGAGUCUCACACGAACUCCGUCUCUCACAGAGUUCCUGUAUGCGCGCAGUGCGAUUGCGACAGCAGCACGUGCAGCCGAACUUCCGAGCACGAUUGAUCUGGUAUGCACGAGCUACAAGGGUGAAGAAGGACUGAAGACACUUGAGGAGGAGUGUCUGAAUGGAAAGGGCAUGGGCUUCAAUGGCAAGCAAUGCAUACAUCCAAGUCAGGUUGCUGUAUGCCACAAGGCAUUUAGCCCAGGAGAAAAAGAGCUCGAGUGGGCUGCGAGGAUAGUCAUCGCAGAUGAGAAAGCCAGUCAAGCGGGGCGAGGAGCAUGGACACUGGAUGGUAAGAUGAUCGAUGCGCCUGUCGUUAAGAAGGCGCAUGCGGUGCUGAGACAUGCUGAGGUGUGCGAAAUGGAUGUUGAUGCAGUAAAAAACCGUUGGAAAGACCAAGAACCUGAGUAA